CCACAUUUAUCACCGUGGGUUUCACCGAUUGCACUUUACAAGAUGCUGGGUCGAGCGACAGUGGCGUCGCUCGAUGCGCUCCAGACGAUGGCCAAGACCGUGCUCGCCAAGGCGACGCGUGCACGUAACCCAACAGUGCAUGACGUCCAAGGCCACCUCGCCGAGUGGAAAGCUCUCUACGACGUCCUGGACACGAUACAGGACCCCGUGGCCUUCCAUGCCCAUGCGAUUGCCCUCGAGGAUGCCUACAGCUGCGAUGCAUCGACCAUCAACUUUGCUGCGCGCGUGCACCAACUCCAUCCCAUGGCAUUCGCCCAGGACACUGCAAUGCGUCGCCCGCCGACGUCGCUGCAGUCGACGCUCUCGCGUUGUCCGCACUGCGGCGCCUCCAUCGCUCCGACGACGGUCUUUCGCCUGCAUUUGCAGCAAGCUCUCACUGUCUGCCACGCGUGUCACGGUCGCUUCGACUACGAUACGUACAAGCUCGCUGCGUACAUUGAUGCGCAUCCGUUCUGCGCUGUGAGUACAACAGUCGUCGUCGACACGCCGUCGUUGCCGCGCGACGGCUCAUGGGAUACCUUUUUGACACUGCAGGCCGCUGCCAUUCGUGCUACUGGCCCAUCGCAAGACGCGUACAACGGCGCGCAGAUGAUCCAACGACGUCAUAUGCUCGCGAGCAUUCGCCGCAGCCUCAACCCCGCGCUCUCACUCGAUCUUGUCCACGGCAUCUUUCGGCAGCUGCGGUUUCUUGAGACCAUUGGCAGCGCGUACGACUACUGGAAUGACGCGGCCGUGCUAACAGCGUCAAUUGAGCGGUACGAGCGCUUUAUGGCGCUGACGUCGCCGAUGCCGCUGGUGCCGACCGUGGACAUUGACCUCGUCUGGCAUGCGCACUUGACGCAGCCCGAGCACUACGCCCGGUACUGUUACCGCGUCCGAGGUGCCGUGCUGGACCACAACGACAGCAAGCGUUCGCUCUUGCAAAGCCUCGAGCGCACCCGUGCGUUGUGGCAACACGCGUUCAACGAGCCGUACACGAAACUGAGCAGCAUGACGGCCGUGGGCACGCCCGUGACCGAGAUGCCGCCGAGCCGCUGGGGCACCGUCCUCGUGCCCUACAACACGACAGCGCUUGUGAACCGCAUCCUGUUGAGCACCGCGCCAACGCGGAAGCCGCAGCCGUCGAUGGAUGGAACGUCGGGCGACCAUUAUCUGUGCGAUAGUAGCUGGCCUUACUACUACCAACGCCGCACGACGACGGAAGAGAGCGAGGACGCGAGCAAUAGUGGCAGUGAUGGCUGCAGUGGUGAUUAAAGCGAGACUACUAAGGUAUCAA